CCCGUGCACGCACUUCAUCUUCUCCAUCUCCUCCCCAUCUUCCUCUAGCGCCGGCCAUUAGGGAGGUUCGAGCUCGCCCCUCCGCGCCCUCCCUGCUCGCUGCUCUAUAGCUCGCCAUCACCCCUCCCUAUGCCUCGUCGAGCCGUGUGUCCUCGACUUUGACCUCGCCUUUAGCCGCACACACACCUGAACCGUGCCCCUGCUUUUCUCUCUGCUCCUCAAGCCAUGGUGCCCGGUCCUCCCUCCAGCUCGGCCAGGCGGGGCAUCGCUCCCUGCCGCUUCUCCCUCCCUGGCGCUCCUCCCUGUCACGCCCGGAUCUUCUUUCUCCCUGCCGCGCUCUCUCUCCAGCGCACAGAUCCUUCUCUCUCUCCCUCAGCUGGCUCCCGACGCUUCUCUCCAUCGCCAUGGCUCCCUCCGAGCUCGCCCCGACCUCUGCUCCUCCCUCCGUCGCGCCCAGUCUCCAGCUCGGCCGCCCAGCUUCCUGUGCGCGCCUUGCUUCCUGUGCGCACCUUGCUUCCCCUGUUCAGCUCUCUGCUGUCGAGCUCCUCCGGCUAUGCUUCCCUGCUCAGCGCAUUUCUCCCUGCUCUCUCCCUCCUCUGGCCAUGGAUUCUUGGGAGCAGAAGUAGCCCCAGCUCGGCAACACCUAUAAGCUCCCUAGAACCAGCGUCUCGUCGAGCCCCGCCGCAUGUCCUAUUUCCUGCUCGCCCAUGGAAGCUGCGCCCAGCCUUUGUCCCCAUCGCGCCGAUCCGCGCUCGCCAAGGUCACCUGCCGUUGCCCAGCUCGACGCCUUUCCCUGCUACAAAGUUCGCCGUCUGUCCGUACGUCGCCUGCUGCUUAGAUCCCAGCCAGGUUGACCUUGUCAUGGUGCUGGAACUCUCGUGGAUCCGGCAUGUCGUCUACUUGGCAGCUCCGGCUAGUCGCAUCGUCACGCUGUUUACUCCUUCGACGCCAUCUGAUGCACACCUCCGGAGCUCGCCCGUGUCGUAUUUUAGUCAACAUCAUAUCCUGCGCGACGCGCUCCGGUGUCGUUUGUCGCGUUUUGCGCGUCCUUACCACCUCCAACUUUCAAUGUUCACUGUCGUCCACUACGCUCAACCAUGCGACAACCACGCCAUCCAUGGCAUGUGUUCACGCCAAAAAUUCGAGAAGAUUAGGUGUAGAAGGAAACAAAUCAGUAUGUAGUCGGAAAAUUCUUGAUGUGAAUGGAGAAGGCAGUGAAGUCCGCGUGGUGCUCACCACGUGCUCGACGUAAUGGCGGAAUUGGAACUC